AUGACCACUCGCUAUCGCGUUGAAUUCAACCACACGCGGUCUCAGAACCCCGGGAAAUCCAAAUUGAAACUCCUCGUUCCGACGGUCGGUACGUUCUUUACUCCGUUAUACCUCGAAGAUGCCUUCAAGUACCAGGAUCGUAGGCGCUGCAUCAGCCGCCGCCGAUUCGUUGCCCCUUCAUUCAAUGACGUUCGUCUCAUCCUGAACACCGCCCAAUUGCUGGGUAUCAUCCGCUCGUUCCCCAGCUCCGUCGAGCUUAUCACAUUCGACGGUGACCUGACCUUAUACGAUGACGGUGAGAACCUGACAGAGGACAAUCCCGUCAUCCCGCGAAUUACGCGGCUGCUGAGCCAGGGACGGAAAGUUGGCAUCGUCACCGCGGCCGGAUACACGGAGGCCAGUAAAUACUACGCGCGGCUUAAGGGCCUGCUGGACGCCAUCCACUCCUCGACGCUGUUGACGGAAUCACAGAAAAAUGGCCUCAUCGUCAUGGGUGGCGAGAGCAAUUUCCUGUUUCGCUACGAUGACAGCCGGUCUCAGUCGUCGUCGUCGUCAUCGCUGUCCCCGGACAGUGCUGGUGACAACGACAACAACAGUAAACUUGCCUACGUUCCCAGGAAGGAAUGGCUGCUCGACGAAAUGAAAAUCUGGCGGGAAGAUGACAUCAAGGAGCUUCUCGACAUCGCAGAAUCCGUUCUCAGAGCCUGCGUAUCAAACCUCAAUCUCGCCGUUGCCGUUCUCCGCAAGGAUCGUGCCGUCGGCAUCUACCCGUUGGCCGGGAGCAAGCUACAUCGCGAGCAGUUGGAGGAAACAGUCCUCGUGGUGCAGAAUACCAUCGAACGAUCGUCGGUUGGGUCUAGACUACCCUUCUGUGCUUUCAACGGAGGAAAUGACGUCUUCGUUGAUAUAGGUGACAAGUCUUGGGGCGUAAGAGCCUGUCAGCAAUACUUUGGAGGCAUUGAUCCUGCUAGGACUCUACAUAUCGGCGACCAGUUUUUGUCGGCCGGUGCCAAUGAUUUCAAGGCCCGUAGGGCAAGCACAACGGCAUGGAUUUCCAGUCCGGCAGAGACAGUCCAGUUACUUGACGAACUACACGAGUUGGAGGGACAUUAA